AUGCCGCGCCAUGUGCUGCCUCCACCUCACACGAUUCCGGCGCUAUCGACUGUGCCUAGUCACUAUCACAGUCUAGAUCUGGAUGCCAUGCAUGAGAGGAUCUCGGUUUCUGACACCUGUGGAGUGGAUUACAACCUAGACGGCGGUGUGGAGUUUCGGGUCGGACACAGGGAGGCUCGGAGGUUUGGUGGACCACGUAGCUGUCUGACACCCACCAUGUCUCAAGACCAUCGUCAAUUAGAUAGCAGUCUCAUCUGCAGAGUCAUAUUGCCAUUGAUUCAGUCCAACCCGUCUGUGAGUAUCCCGGUCUUGCAAGGUGCGGUCCAGGCACUGCAGAGCUGUUUCCCCGACACCAUAUGUGACCUACGCGUCAAACUGUACUACGAAGGACACCUCAUGGUGCGAGACUGCUGCAUGUUCGACAAAGUAUUUUGGGCUUUUUUGUCAUGUGUGGAGGCCUUCAAGCAUUGCAAGCCAUUUGUCUUUGUAGACAGCACACAUCUCUAUAGCAAGUAUGGUGGAGUGUUGCUUAUAGCGGUGGCGAAAGACGGGAACAGCAAUAUACUGCCAAUUUCUUUCGCCAUUGUUGAGUCUGAGAGCACCGAGUCAUGGUCAUUCUUUCUUACUAAUUUGAGGCGUCACGUCACCCCACAAGACGGCUUACUGGUUAUAUCGGACAGAUCUCAGGCCAUCAAGGCCGCCCUAGCAUCCGAUGAUAGUGGGUGGCAUCCCCCUAGGGCUUUCCAUGAUUACUGUAUCAGACACAUGACAGUGAAUUUCAUGAGCCGGUUCAAGUUAGCCGAGGGCAAGCGAUACCUCAUAAACGCUGCUUACAGUCCAAGUCAGGCCGGGUUUGAGUGGUACAUGGAUGUAUUGAGGGGUGUCUCCUUGGCGAUGGCGGACUGGGCUGGUCAUUUCAGAAAGGAGAUUUGGCUUCAGCAUUGCGACAGUGGUCGGAGGUUUAGUCACAUGACCACCAAUUUGUCCGAGUGCAUCAAUGCUGUGUUGAAGGGGACCCGCUACUUGCCUAUUUCAGCUGUUAUACGUAUCACGUAUGAGAGACUGCAGAAGUUGUUUGUUACGAAGGGUAGGGAAGCGCAGAGCCAGUUGGUGGCUGGGAACCGCUUCUCACAGAGACUCUUAGUGGCCAUUGAGAAGAAUAGGAAAGGCAUUCCGAAGAUGCAUGUGACACAUUGCGAUAGGUGGGCCUCUUCUCUUCACUAUCCGUGCCGGCACGCAGUUGCCGGGUGCACCGCCGCUAGCAUUGAGUGGGUCCCGUAUGUAAAUCCAAUCUACCGGCAGGAAGCUGUGUUCAAGGUGUAUGAGAUGGAGUUCCCACCCAUUCCAAAUGAGUCGUUGUGGUCGGAGUGGCAUGGAACGAUGAUGUGUCCUAACCUAACCAUGCGGCAAAAGGCGACCAGAAGACCAGUGUCCACCAGAUUCCGAAACGAUAUGGAUGAUGUCGAGCAUCAAGAGAAGCGGUGUGCCUUGUGUAGGCAAGUCGGCCACACUAGACGGGGUUGCCCUAACCAACCCACCGGAGAUGCCUAG